AUGGGGCACUCCCAAAAGGGCCUGAGAAACCGUCCGUUGACCAAGUCCGGGGUUCGAUUCGUGUGUGCACUCUACCGGAUGGCGGGGCUGCUCUCGCGCUCGGAGCAAUUUGAUUCAGGGGACGGAGGGCGUUUGACUAGGAGUCCUGCUACCACUGCGGUAGUCUCAGCGAGCCAUCUUGACGUGAUCCCUGGCCAUCACCUCGUAGACGACUGCUUGCUCUUCAGGUCGGCUCGGGCUCACAACGUGCUCUAA